AUGCUUCUCAAUCUUAAUACACAGGUUAGCUAUCGACCACAUCGCACGAACUCAUCAAAACUCAAAAUGAAAGUAACCUUGAUCUUCUUGGUAUUCGCGUGCGCCAUGACUGUGGUCUAUGGUGAUCUUGUCUGUGGCAGUAACUACUGCAAACAAAACCCAUGUACAUCCCCCAUAGCGAAGUCAAGCUGCCGCGUGCCAUCCACGUACCGCGCCAACCACGCCGGCAAGUGCGCCUGCUGUCCUGCUUGUGUCACAUUCCUUAAUGAAGGUGCUGCCUGCAAGACUUACAGCAAGGAAUUAGGAGAAACUCCUUCAGCCAUCUGCCAGGAGCCUCUGAGGUGCCUCCGUGGGGUCUGCACCAAAGCAUCACCCAGGCUUGCUGCUGUCCUGUGCAGUUUGUUCCCUUAG